AAUCAAAAUAAUAAUAAUAAAAAAAGAGGUUCUUCAUCCAAAAGCAGCAUUACAGUAACUUCAUAACCACAGAAAGAUGAAGCAGGGGCUUCUUCUAUGGAGUCCUUGCCAUCACGCUCUCUCUCCUUCCUCACUCGCCUUCAUUUCCUUACCAAUCCUCAGGACCAAACCCUCUUCAUCAAUCACUGCGACUCUCGACUCCACUUAUACCCAGAAACAAGACCUAACAGCUAGAGAGAGGAGGCAACUACGGCAUGAAAGAAGAGAGAGCAAAGCCGGCUACAGCUGGAGAGAAGAAGUCGAAGAGAGGCUUAUCAAGAAGCCCAAGAAGAAGCGAACUUCUGGGUCGGAAGACCUCAAUCUUGAUAACCUAGCCGACUUGGGCCCUCAGUGGUGGGCUGUUCGAGUUUCUCGCGUCAGAGGUGACCAGACCGCCGAGCUUAUUGCUCGCUUGCUGGCCAGGAACUAUCCUGACAUGGAAUUUAAGGUUUAUGCUCCAUCUGUCAAGGUUAAGAGAAAACUGAAAAAUGGUACCUACUCAGUUAAAUCAAAGCCAAUUUUUCCUGGAUGUGUUUUUCUAUGGUGUGUAUUAAACAAAGAGAUGCAUGACUUCAUAAGAGAGUGCGAUGGAGUUGGUGGAUUUGUUGGUUCAAAGGUUGGAAAUAUGAAAAGACAAAUCAACAGACCUAGGCCAGUAUCUGUUCAGGACAUGGAAGAAAUCUUCCAACAGGCAAAAGAGGAACAAGAAAAAUCUGACCAAGCUUUUAAGGAAGAACAGCUAGGAGAGGAAGUGAUAAAUUCAGGGAAUAUUGUUGACAAUGGUAUCAUAAAAUCAGUAAAAGAUUCCAUCCAAACGAGGGGAUCUGCAAAAAUUUCUGAUCCUCUUACAAAUGGUUCACCUAGAAAAAAGACCAGCAAGCUCCCGACUAAAGGUUCAACUGUUCGGGUCAUAUCUGGGACUUUUGCAGAAUAUGAAGGCAGCCUCAGGAAAAUAAGCCGCAAGACUGGAAAGGCAACAGUGGGAUUAAUGCUCUUCGGCAAAGAGACUUUAGUGGACCUAGGUCUCCAUGAAAUUGUAGCAGAAACAAAAUAAUGUAGAUACACGGUCUCUUAAUAAAUGGCAAAUAAACAAAUUUGGCAUUGAGACACAGAUAGGAUGACAAGAUUCAUGGAUAAUCAUGGUGCUGUUCAAAUUUGAAGAACUGCAAGAACUGAAGAAUCUUGUGGAAAUAAAGCUAUUUUGUCUGAAACAGUGUCAUUUUUCAUAACUUAUCCUAAGGCCAGCAAUGCUGCAAGUCGCAGAAACAAGCAGCUGCCUCGUCUCAAGUCACUGAUUCGUAAACCCGAGUUGCUUAGUUGGAGUCCAUCACGAAGCACAGAGCUAGAGAAAUCAGAGAGAUUUGAUAGCAUGUAUGUUCACUUUCUAUCAAACUUUGUUUCAUCUCACAUUUUAAAUCAACUUUCAUGACCAGACGGACUCAAAUUGCAUUUAUUCAAAAUACUUGUUGUUUGUUUUAUUAAGGGCCUCCAGUUAAGAAUUCUCAGUUUGUUGUGUCGCCCAACUUUGAUCUUAUGUUAUUAAAAUGGAAAUCAGUUCAUUUUUUCUUCA